CCGGAUUGGUCACGCAGACACGUGAUGUGGCGUCACGUGAGGUGAGCAGCGGAAGUCAGACAAGUGACAUGGCGGCAGCAACCAAAUGUCGUUUGUGAGCUUUUACGUUCGCCGGAAAAUUCUCGAAAAGGCCGCGAGCGUCGUCGUGGGACAAGACAAGAAGAGAAGAGAAGAAAAGAAGGCAGAAUGACCGCGACCUGUUUAACACUUUAAGAAGACGGCAAAAGUCUGAUUGGAGCAAAUGAGCUGCUGUUGAAGCCGAUGAUUGACAGCCGUCAGCCUGUCAAAUGCGGUUACGCCCACCUCUAAUGCCACUCGUCGAUUGGUUCCCUCAAGAAGCCACGCCUUCAGGCCACCUUAUUAGCGGCCGCCAUGUCUUCGGAUGGGCCCGCGUCAGACGACGUGCCGUUCCUCUGCGACGCGGCGCAGGAGGAGGAGGAAGAGGAAGAGGAAGAGUGCGACGCGACGCGGGCGGAGGAGCCCAGCAGUGGCGUGACGCCCACCCGGGCCGUGCUGACCGUCUUGAUUCUGUGCUACGUCAACCUGCUCAACUACAUGGACAGGUUCACCGUCGCAGGUGUUCUUCCUGACAUCGAGAGUUACUUUGGAAUCGAUGACAGCAAAUCGGGUUUGCUCCAGACGGUCUUCAUCUGCAGUUACAUGUUCCUGGCGCCGCUCUUCGGUUACCUGGGCGACCGCUACAACAGGAAGUUGAUCAUGAGCGGCGGCAUCGCUUUCUGGUCGGUGGUCACGCUCGCCAGCUCGUACACGCCCAAGGAGCACUUCUGGGCGCUGCUGCUGACGCGCGGCCUGGUGGGCGUGGGCGAGGCCAGCUACUCCACCAUCGCGCCCACCGUCAUCGCCGACCUCUACGUCAAGGAGAGCCGCACCGACAUGCUCUCCGUCUUCUACUUCGCCAUCCCCGUGGGCAGCGGUCUGGGCUACAUCGUGGGCUCGCAAGUCAGCAACGUAUCCAAGGACUGGCACUGGGCUCUGCGGGUGACGCCGGCGUUGGGUCUGCUCGCCGUGCUGCUUCUGGUCCUGGUCGUCCAGGAGCCAAAACGGGGCGCCGUGGAAGCUCGGCCCCAACAUCAGCUCCGGCGGAGCGGCUGGAUCGAGGAUCUGCGAGCGCUGAGCAGGAACGCCAGCUUCGUGCUGUCCACGCUGGGCUUCACGGCCGUGGCCUUCGUCACCGGCUCGCUGGCUCUGUGGGCGCCCACCUUCCUCUUCAGGGCGGCCAUGUUUACAGGCGAGCGAGCGCCGUGCGUGGAGGCUCAGUGCUCGUCCUCGGACAGUCUGAUUUUCGGCGCCGUAACGUGCGUGACGGGCGUGCUGGGCGUGGCCGGCGGCGUACGGGCCAGCCGGCUCCUCCGGACUCGGACGCCGCGCGCCGACCCGCUGGUGUGCGCCGCCGGCCUGCUGCUGGCCGCGCCCUUCCUCUACCUGGCCAUCGUCUUCGCCCAGGCCAGCGCCGUCGCCACAUACGUGUUCAUUUUCCUGGGUGAGACCUUCCUCUCCAUGAACUGGGCCAUCGUCGCCGACAUUCUGCUGUACGUGGUGGUUCCCACGCGACGCUCCACCGCCGAGGCUCUGCAGAUCGUCGUCUCGCACCUGCUGGGGGACGCGGGAAGCCCGUACCUCAUCGGCGUGGUUUCGGACUCUCUGAGGAAGACGGACUCGUUCUUGUGGCAGUUUCGCUCGCUGCAACUUUCUCUGCUUCUCUGCUCCUUUGUGGCGGUUGGGGGCGGAGCUUUCUUCCUGGCCGCCGCCCUCUUCAUCGAGCGCGACCGCCACCGAGCCGACAACUUCCGAGCGGCAGAUGACGAGCCCAUCCCGGUGCCCAAAAGCGGGCGGUCGGCUUGCGUUCCGGUGUCCAGCGUCCUGAUUUGACGGGGCCCGCCCGCUUUGAUCUUCGCCGCACCGGCGUCGACUCGGGAGGAAGCGGCCGACGGGACGUUUUUACAGACUUUCCUUUUUGAAAAAAGCCAAACGCGCUCAACUCCGCCUCCGAAUGCGCUCGCCGCGUCUGGUGCGCUCUUUUUGGGGCUGGGCUUGACUUUUCUCAACUUCCUGCGUGUGGCCGUUUAUCUUUGUCAUCUUCCGCCGUCUUAGUUCUGGACUUUGUCUUGAUUAGCGAGCUGCUUUCCGUCCCGAUGAAGUCAAUAAAGAAAAAGAAGUUGCCUGUCAUUCGCUCAGCA